UUUGUUCUCUCAUCAUCGACAACCUCUUACUAUACUAGACGACGGAUAUGUUUACGUUGACAUUCCCAUCAGAGCCCUCGUUCGACGGGUACCGUGGUCAUCCGGGUCUUGCUCGCCGACACACUCACGCAUCUGGUCGUCGUCAUCCCACGGCUCUGUACGAGAUCGAGCCCGAACUGCCUUACGAUAUCGAUUACGCCUCGAUGAACAGGCGCCCCUCUGCUCCUGCCUCCCGUACUUGGGGUAGUGCAUACCAGAACUGCGGAUAUGAAGACUACGAUGGGUACUAUCGCCAACCUGCUGCACCUCACUUCGGUCGCCGGCAAAGUAUGAAUGUCUUCCAACUUCGCGGUCUCAUCGCCCAGCGUCAGCAGCAACAGUUGGAAGAAGAGCGCCAACGUCAGCGUGAACAGCAACGUCAGCGUGAAUCGGAGCGUCAGCGGCAAAUCGAACAGCAACGUGUGCAUCGUCAGCGCCAACUUGCCCGGCUCGAGCGCGAACGCGCCCAAGUUGAGAAGGAGAUCUCAUCCGCUCAGCUAUUCGCCUCCCAGCAGCUCGCGUCGAUGUUCUCCGCUCCCGACCAGCAACUCCAUCGGCAGAACGCGAUUCGCCGCAAGUCAGAAGACGAGCGGCUUGCGGAGCUCGAGGUGGAGCGUACCCGACUGUUGGCCAAGAAGGCGGAGAGGGAAGCGCAGGAAGCUGCUGAGACUCAGCGUGCGCAGGCAAUCGCGGAGCAGGAGAGGCAGGCGAAGAUCCAGAAGAUGAAACUGGUCAGGGAGAGGCAUGAGGCUGAGCGUCUUGCACAAGCCGCUGCUGCUGGUGCCCAGGCACCCGAUGAACCGGAGACCGCCGAAGAUUUCGAACAACAAAGAAGGAACGCGCAACGUCUUGUAGUGGAGACCUUCCUCGGCGAACUCCUCGGGAGGUUCAUCGACUUCAACGACUCGACUCCCGACGUUCCGGCCACUACGUCUACGUCUGUUGACGUCAAGGGCAAAGGAAAGGCCCCUGAGCAACCUCAGCCGGAAGUCCAGCCCAAGCAAGAGAGGAAAGUGAGGUUCAGGGGCGAGUACGCCGGCCCAAGCUACUCCCAGCAAGAGGAGGCCCCUCCUGCUCCGGUCCAAGUUGCCAUCCCGAUCCCCACUCCUGUUCCAGUUGAGGUUCCGGUUAUUGUAGAGACCGUCCCUGCGCCUGCUGUGCCUAUCGUUGCCGACCUCGAUUCCCCCGCCAUGCAUGUCGAUGUCCCGCCCGUCGAACCCAUCGUAUCCGAGCCAACUCGGUCCGAGUCCCCAGCACGCGAUCUCGCCCUGCAGCAAGUUCAGCUCCUCUUAGCCAAAUUCGAGUCUCUUACCUACGCCUUCGCUUUCCCCCGCGUGCUGACCUUCGCUUUCUUGGACACUCCCGAACUAGCUUACACGGCCCAGAAUGCGCCUAUCCACUCGUACGAGCACGCGCUCAACUCCCUCUUACAGGAGCUGGAUGGGAUCGACAGUGAGGGCGAUAAAGAAGUGAGGAGGGCAAGGAGGGAAUCGGUGAGGAAAGUGGAGAAGGAACUUGGCUGGGUCGAGGCUGAAAUCCGCCGUGCGUGGGAGAGAGAGAACCUCCAGGAGGAACUCCUGUCAUCUUCCGAGUCGGAGGUCGAGGCAAUUGAGCCAAUCGAGCAGUCUGUCGUCGAGCCCACGCCUGCAGAAGUUGAAAUCACCAAUGGUGCUACGCAGUCGAUUACCGAACCUGUCAGCGAGACUGUUGAACCGGCUUUGACGCACGCGGACGACCGCGCCUCUACAAAAGCGCUGCUGAACGAGUUUCUGACCGAAGACACGGUCACUGCUCAGGUGCCGGGUGCUGGCAUAAACGACGAGCCGGUUGUUACCACGACUACCGAAGAGACGGACAAGGAGGCCACUGUAGAGAAGACGGUUGAGGAGCCCACUGCUGAAUCUGACCCUGUUGCCGCCGAACCCGCUACCGAGCAAGCUCCACUCAUUGAAGUCGCCGUCGACGAACGCGGCAUUGGCGAUCAUGUUGUCGAGCAUCUCGCUAUCGAGGAGCCCAAUGUUGUGAAAUCCGUGGAAAUUGCCGAUACCCCAGAAUCCGCAAUCGUGGACCAUCACGAUGACGCCACGAUUAUGACGACGGAACAGUUCACUGCAGAGCCCACGAACGAGUCCACGUUGGUUAUCCCCAGUGUCGAGUCAUCGGCGGGUCUCGUGGCCGAUUCUGUCGGAGAGCCGGUACUUGUUAAGACUGAGCCACGUGCAUUACAACUAGCUGAGUCAGCUACUACGCCCGGAGUCGAAGAAGAUCAUGCGCCUUCAACUGUUGGGGUCGUUCCGCUCUCAGAGCCUGUCUCGGAGAACGCAUCCCCGCUGCUAUCGAGGGCGUUUGUGCCCGUCCCGAUUUCUGACGAGCUCUCUCAUAAGGUGCAGUUUGAGGACGAGGUUCUCGCUCAGUCGAGCAGCCCGGACAUCGAGAGCAGCGGGAAGGAGGAAGGGAAGAGCGAUGAUGAAUUUGAACUGAUAUAAUGAUUUUCAUUACAAUUCGCUUCGUUCUUUGUUACAUGCAUCAUAUCAUAUGUAGAAUAGUCGUGCUCAUCUCAAUGCAUC